UUUUGCAGUUUUGACCCUUUGACCAUGGACUUAGACAGCUCAAAGAGAAUGUAAACAAUAGUCAAUUAAUUUUAAAUAAUGGCUUUAGAUGUGAAAUCGUCAUUUUUUACUACUGAAACCGAAAAACUUGGAUCUGGUAAACCAAACAGUAUCUCCGAAGAAUAUCUUGAAAUCGUAGAUGAACUCAAUGACUCACUUCGUGAAUUUAAUUUACCAGCUGCUGUUAAAUGCGUUUACAAUCCCACUAUAUACGCCAGACAAACUUUUGAAAUGUAUGUUCGAAAAUAUUGUAACACAAAAAAAAGUAUUAUGUUUUUUGGCAUGAAUCCUGGUCCUUGGGGAAUGUCCCAAACUGGUGUGCCUUUCGGUGAAAUUUCAUCAGUACGAGAUUGGUUAGGAAUAGAGGGUCCUGUGAGUAAGCCAUGUAAUGAAAUUAGAGAACGUCCUGUUAAUGGCUUUGCAUGUACUCGGACUGAAGUAAGUGGGAAAAGGUUUUGGGGACUGCUUAAAAAUAUUUGUGGAACACCAGAUACUUUUUUUGAAACAAGUUUUGUCUAUAACUAUAUUAAUCAACAAUGGAUGAAAAGCAACGGGUGCAACCUUACUCCAGGAGAUUUUAAAGUUUCAGAAAUGGAAGGUCUCUAUAAUAUUUGUGAUCCUAUUUUAGUCAAAGUAUUGAAACUGUAUGAAGUGGAAAUUGUUGUAGCAAUAGGAAAAUUCUGUGAAACCAGAGCACAAAAAGCUUUAAAAAAAUAUAUGCCAUGUAAUAAUAUCAAGAUACUUUAUUUAUCACAUCCAAGUCCUAGAACUGUGAACAAUAAUAAUUGGGAUCAAAAAGCACUGGAGCAACUAACAGCUCAUGAUCUUUUAAAAUAUUAUAAAAAGUAGAUUGAUCAACAAAAAAAAAGCUAAAAUAUAACAUUUCAUUGAUCUCUUAUGUAAGAACAAUACAAAUAGUUGUAAGUUUUAUAUUAUAUUUUUUUAAUUAAAAUGUUAAUGGUAAAA